AUGACUCUUAAUUGGUCAUCGGAUAUAUUUCAGACAAUAUAUGAUCGAAUAAAAAUUAAUACAGAUAUAGAUACUAUAGAUUUUUCAAUUAUAAAAGAUGAUCUUGUAAAUAUUUUAAUUUCACCACUCCCAUCUUCGGGUUCUAAUCAAUUGAAAGAAACAGUUAAAUUUUCAAAUGGAGAUGAAGUUAAAUUAAACCAACCGUUUAUUGAAUUAGCCACUAUAUUAUCUACAGAAUUAAAUUUAGAAGAAUUAGCAUGUGCUGAAUUGAUUUAUUAUAGUAAUGGAAUUAGUUAUAAUAAAGGUACUUCAUUAGUUGAUUCAGCUAGAUUGAAUUACUAUUCCAGGUUUGAAUACAUUUUAAAUAUUUUAGGGUAUUUGAUUACGGAAAAUAGGUUAGAUUUAAUUACAAGUGAUUAUAAAGUCAUAUUUGAUAAUAUUUUGAAAAGUUUUGAAAAAAUUUAUAAAUUAUUGGAUUUACUUAAUGAUUGGAUAGACAAGCAGAAGAUCACAAGUGAUAUAAAUAAUCUAUCAUUUAUAAAUUAUAUAAAUUAUGCAAAAUCACAAUUAUUUAAAGGUCAUGAAUUACUUGGUGCCAUACUAUACAACUUCACUAAAAAUUAUAAGCAAGUUAUAACUUUAACUGAGUAUAAAAAAGUAUUGGAACUUAUUGAGAAGAACAUAAAUGGAGAUGAAGAUAUUUUGAUCAUCCAUUUCAUACCUUUCGGAAUGGAAGUUAUUCAAUUUACUAACCAAAAGGAAUUUUACAAUUACAUUAUAAAUAAAAUCAACAUAGAUAAAAAUAAAAUCACCGAUUCAACUACUGAUGUUGAUUUAUCAUUAUUAAAAAUAUCAGGAUAUGAAAUAUUAAUUAGUUUUGUAUUUUUAACUCAAUUUAUAGCAUGGUGUAAAGAACAAAAUUCAACAGAUAUAGAUUUCAGAUCAGAAAUUUUAACAUAUCUUGAACUUUUAAUUAGUUUUGGUGUGUUGGAAAGAUUACUAUGUUAUUGUGCCGAAACUACAUCGGAUCAAACCACAUUUAUUUAUGAUUUUAGAAGUUUAUUGCAAAGAAAUAUCCCCAAAUUGAAACCUGUCAAAUUUGUAUAUCCUAAUUCACAAGAUUUGGUAAAUUUAAACCUACCUAACGUUUCCAAGUUAGUUGAUGCGUCUUCAUUAAAAUUAAAUCCCGAAUUGAAUGAAAAUUUAAUAGCACCAUUUUUUCAAAAAUUUUUCAAUAAUUUUACAAUUAAUUGUGCUUAUGUAUUAACUUCAUUAAGAGAUUCAGAAGAAGAUUUUGUAUUAAGUUCAGAAAAUGAUCUAGAUGAAAUUUCACAACGUGGAGAUUUAGAAAGAUAUUAUCUUGCAUUUGCAUAUACGUUUUACAACAGACCUAAAUUAUGUAAUUUAUUUUGGAAUGAUGAAGACGGGGAAGUGGAAGGUGAUAUUUUAGGAUUUAUACUUUGGGGACUUUCAAAUAAUACAGCACCAUUAAUUACUGCUACUUUUUGUUUAUUAUUAAGUUGUUUGACAAUGAAUAAAUCAACUCAAAUUUAUGAAAUUUUAAUGAAUAAUAAUCAUCAUGGAUUAACAAUUAGAGGAAAAUCUGAUUAUUCUAAAAUUUCAAUUGACUCUUUAUUUGAUUCAUUAAAUUAUUAUAUUGAUUCAAUUGUUGAAAAUUUUGAAAAUGAUUUAAAUUCACAAAUUAAGAAUCAACAAUUACAACAAAAAAGAAAUUUCAAUUACUAUGAAGAGAAUGAAAAUAAUGGGAAUAUAAAUGAAAAGAUAGUUAUUGAAUUAGCUGAAGAUUCAAUUAUUUUCAUCUGUGGUUUUUUUAAUUUAAUUUCUUCAAUUUUGAAAUAUUCAAAUUUUGAUAUAAAAUUUAAAAUAUUCAACCGAUUUUCACCAAUAAUAAAAAACUUUUUGAAAUUUGAUAAUUUAAUACAGGGAAGUGGUCAAGUUGAUUUAAAUAAGGGAAUUAGUGGAUCAUCUUCCAAGUUUGUAGAUAUUCCUAAUAUUAUAAUCAGUAAUGAAUCAAGAAAUGUGUUGGUUAAUUUAAUUUUGAAUUAUUUGAAUGAUGUGGUGUAUAAUUCUACCACCCAAGAUGACUUGAUUUUGAGAUAUGAAGUUUGGAAAUUAUUAGAUUGUUGGAUAUAUUUCGGUUUCAAAGAUGUUAAAUAUAAAAUCAAGACUAUAAACAAACCAUUCCAAAAGAAUUUAAUUGAAAUCAAUCAGAUAUUAAAUUUCACAAAAUUAAUCAACUCAUUAUUAAAGAUUAACACAAUUGAUGUUCUACAUUUACAGUUCCCUUGUGAUUUAGGAAUGGAUUAUCGGAAUUUUAUCGGAAUUUGGCAAUAUAUUGAAUUUAUAAUGAUUGAAGUAUUUGCAAACUCAAAUGAAUUAAAGAAUGAAGAUGAGAAAAUCAUAUUACAAAAUGACAUUUUAGAAAUUUUACAAAAUAAUUUAUCUGAAAUCGAUUGGAAUUUUAUUGAAAUAUCUCCAAGACUAGUUAGAGCCUCAAAUUUCAAAUUUGAUUCAUUGAUACCUAAUGUUCAACUCAGUUUUGAAAAUUUUGUUAAAUUACAUCCCUCAGUAUCAAUUAUGAAUUACUUAUUUGAGAAUAAGGCAUUUAGAUCAUUAUUUCAGAUCAUUAAUAAUGAGCAAAAUGAACAUAGUUUAAUUUCAAAAUCAUUAAACGUGGUCAAUUUAUUACUUGAGAAUCAAAAUGUGUACAUAAAUAAACUAUUACCAAUACUUAAAAACAAGCAACAAACAACAACAACAACAACAACAACAACAACAACACAACAACAACAAUCAGCAACAGCAUCUGCAUUAAUUACAACUACUUAUAAUUCACUUUUUAAUUUCAUUUACAUACCCAAGAAUGUGGGAACUCAUGGAGUUUCUAAUUUUUUUGAAAUUUUGUUGUUUAAUUUACCUACAGUUGUUCAUUUUGCAUUAUAUAUAAAUUAUCCAAAUUAUAUAUCAGAAGACUCGAUAAAGAUUUUGAAUAAAUUAAGCCAAUCUAAAUUUUUCCAACGUAAAAUUCAAUAUGAUAAGUUAUUAAAUAAGGACAGAUUAUUAACUACAUUCGAAAAUAUAGAUGAGUCACAAAAAGUGAAAUUUUCAUUCAUUGAUAAAUUUGAGGAAUUUGAAGAGGAGAAUAUUAUGAAGUAUUUCAUAUUGAAAUUUUUAAUUAAUAAUUUGGAUUCUAAUAUAAUUACUGUUUCCCAUUUUUUGUUAGGAUAUCAGAUUAGAGGAGAUAAAUUAGAUUUAAACAUAAAUACAAAUGAGAAUUUAUUAUUGAAAAACUUGCUUAAUUAUUUGGUCGCUGAUGAGGUGGAUAUUAAAUUAUCAUCACUUAUAAUGGAAUUAAUUAUCAAAUUGGCACAAGAUCCAAUCUCAUCAUUUGUGACCUUACAUGAGUUACGUAAAUUUGAACUAUUUGAAAAAUUAUUGACUAAGAGAACAAAUGUAAUUUUUGAAUUUGAUGGAAAUUUACAAAUGGGAUAUGAUAAUCAAUUUCUAUCACAUGAAUCAAUUGAAUUAUUUUUUAACUUUAUACAAUUUGGAAAACUCACCUUACAGUAUUUAUCUCUUGAAUUUCAUAGUUCAAUUUCAAAAACUAAACGAAAACAUUACAUUGAUUUACUCAUACAUGAUGAGAAAGCAUUUUUGAAUAAACAACCAAAGAUAUUACAAUUCCUAGACAUUUUAAACUAUCAAUUCCAAAAUUUUGAGAUUCAAAAAUAUGAGUAUUUGAAUAAUGAAUAUUAUGUGGAGAAUAUUUUGAAUAAUUUACAAUUUGAGAAAAACCUUAAACCAAACUAUGAUUUCAAAUUUAAAUUGUUAUCCGAGAUUCAUAAUGAUAAUCUUGAUGAAUUCAUUAUGAAGUAUUUAGUAGUUGAAGACUUAAACAAGUUACAGUUGGAUUAUUUACAUUCCUGGUGUCAAUUAAUUGAAAUUAUAAUUGAUGAAGAGACAACACUACCAAUUUUAGAAAUCCUCCAAGUUAUAAUACCUAAAAUUAAUGAUUAUUACCAAUAUAAUAUACUUUUCUCAGAGGAAUUAAUCAGUUUAUCAAUGUUAUUAUUUGAUUAUUACAAGGGUGAACUAUCUAAAUUAUCACAAUUAUUUCAAACUUGUGUUUCUGGAGUCACGAAUUCAAAUUCGACACCGAAUUCAAGAAGUUAUAUUUUUGUCCUACUUAAUAAAUUCAUACUUAGACAAUAUAGUUUUAAUUUUGAGAUAGAAGGUAAGUUUAUUAAUAUCCUAUCUAAUGAUUCAAUAUACUCAGAAGGAUCAUCUCGUAUCACGUCAAUAUUAUUACUUGAGUCAUUGAUAGAUAAAGAUUCAGACAUACUUGAUCAACUUAUUAAAAAUAAUUCAUUAUUAUUAUUAUCGAGAUCAUUGAAACGUACAAACGAGAUCAUGAACAAUAAUGGAAUAUCAUUAAAUUAUUUAAUUUUCGAAUUGACGGCAUUCAAAAUCAUAAUUUACUUAUUCAUUAAAAUAUCAAAAAUUAAAGUUGGUUGUUUGAACUUAAUUCAAAAUGACGAAAUAUUUAAAAUUAUAACAGAUUGUAUAUUUUUAAAAAUUGAUCCCGAUAUUGGAAUUGAAAUCAACCUAACUGAUGAGAAAGUUAGAAUUGGAACAAAGUCAAAGGAUGCAAAUCAUUAUAUUACAAUCUAUGAGUUUUUGAUACCUAUUUUCCAAUUAAUUAGUACGAUUUUAAUAUCUAUGGGUCCAAAAUAUAGACCAAGUAUAGUACAAACUACUGAAAUUAUGAAGGAUAAAAAGAUAUUAAUUACGGAAUUAGUUAAAAAGAGUAUAUUGGAAAAAAACGAGGAUAAGGAAUUAAUGAAAUUGGUUGAUUUGUUUACUUUGAUUAAUUCACUUAUAGAAUAAAUGGAAUAAAAUGGAUAUUUGAGUUAGAUUAUUUGUAAAAUACCUCUUAACAAAAGCCACCUAAUUUUUAUCAAUAUUUAUGGUAGCGUAUAUUUUCAAAUUUUUUCUUCAAUAAUUUAUUGUUAGUUAUGUCUGAAGAAGAAGUCAGUGAUUCAAAUACUAAUCCUUCUAAUUUUUUGAGUGGGAUUAUUGGAUCUAGCGUUGUUGUUAAAUUACAUAAUGGUAUUAAAUACAAGGGUAAUUUGUCUACUAUUGAUGGAUAUAUGAAUAUUGUACUUGAUCAAUGUAAUGAAAUUAUAAAUUCAAAAAUUACAAGAGAAUAUAAAGAUGUUUUCAUUAGAGGUAAUAAUGGUAUGUAAGAUGAAAUAUUAGAUGUAAGAGAAUAUGGACUAACUGAACUAGUGUUAUAUAUAAGUGAAGCUUAA